AUUAAAUAUCCAAAUAGUUUCAUAACCUAAUAAUUAAUAUAAGGCUAGCUUUUUAUUUAAACUACCUAUAUGAUCAAAAUAUUAAAUAUAUCAUUAGUUUAAAAAAUGUUGCGUGUGUUUUCAAAAAGCAUUAUUUUACAAAAUCAAUGUCGCUUAUCUCAAAAAGUAAUACGAGAAUUGGAUGUUAUAAAAUGUGUAACAGUUCAAAAUUGUUUUUCAAGACACUUUGCUAGUAAAGUGCAGGAAGAUGCAAAACUUGAACGGAUCUAUUACGGUACCUUGACGCCACAAAUUCGAGCUGUAAAGGUUUUUUCAUUGUGUUCAAGUAUAGCUGGUCUAAUUGCUCAGCCCAUUAUAAUCAAGGAGGCUUCAACAAUCGGAAGCACUUCGUUAUUAGUAGCUUUAUGUUCAGUUGUAGGUUUCUUCACAUUUGUAACUCCAAUAUUACUCCACAUCAUUACAAAGAAGUAUGUGACGGAAAUCCAUUAUGACUCCGAAAAAUCUUUAUACAAAGCUACAACAUACAGUUUUUUUCUAGUACCAAAAAAGGUGGAUUUCACACCAGAUGAUGUAGUAGUACCUGACAUCCCUGGAAUGUUUACAACAAUGUUUGCUAAAGGCAAGCCUUUAUUUAUUGAAGCCCGGCAUUUCAAUGACCCUCUAGAUUACGCUAAGAUCAUGGGCUAUGACAAACCUUUAGACUUUAAACUAGGAGAAAUAGAUGACAGUGAAACUAAAAAGUAGAUCAACUAUUAGAUUUAGGUGUUAGAAUAUGUUUUUGUUUUUUAUAUAUAUUAAAAUAUAAGGUAUAA